ACCCCCUUUGCACAUUUCCGCCUGAGUGCCAAAGUCGUGCUUUCUUGACACGGUGUUUGACACAUGACGCAGUCCACGUGGGCCCACGCCGCUCCCACUAGGCAACUUUCCUCGCCCUUGAAAUUAAUGCCGCCGCAUGCAUCCUGCUUUCUUCAACACGCUGGACCUCUCAAAGUGGCUGCCACCUUUUGUUUGGGGGGGAUCCAAGUUGUUUCUCACAUUCGUUUCUAGUGCGUUUUCCUUGCAUAUUAAACAAGUGACAGACAAUGACGGCGUUACCCGGAACCGUGCCGCGGAUGAUGCGCCCGGCCUCUGGGCAGAACUACCCAAGGACCGGCUUCCCUCUGGAAGUGUCUACACCUUUAGGCCAGGGCCGGGUCAAUCAGUUAGGGGGCGUCUUCAUCAACGGCCGACCCCUGCCCAACCACAUCCGCCACAAGAUAGUCGAGAUGGCCCACCACGGCAUCCGACCGUGCGUCAUCUCUCGCCAGCUUCGGGUAUCCCACGGCUGCGUGUCCAAGAUCCUGUGCCGCUACCAGGAGACCGGCUCCAUUCGGCCUGGGGCGAUCGGAGGCAGCAAACCCAGGCAGGUCGCGACGCCCGACAUCGAGAAGAGAAUCGAGCAAUACAAGAGCGACAGCCCGGGAAUAUUCAGCUGGGAGAUCCGAGAUAAACUGCUCAAGGACGGCGUGUGCGACAGGAGCAGUGUCCCUUCAGGUGAGACACUCGCUGUGAGUUCCAUCAGUCGAAUACUGAGAGCUCGUUUCGGCAAGAAGGACGACGAGGACGACGACGAAGACGAGGAGUGCUUUAAAAAAGACGAAGAGGAAGACAAGAAAGCCAAGCACAGCAUUGAUGGCAUCUUAAGAGACAAAGGCUGUCGAAUGGAUGAAGUGUCAGAUGUGGAGUCGGAGCCCGAUCUCCCCCUCAAAAGGAAGCAACGCAGGAGUCGCACUACGUUUACAGCUGAGCAGCUAGAAGAACUGGAGAAGGCUUUUGAGAGAACCCACUACCCCGAUAUUUACACCAGAGAAGAGCUGGCCCAGAUGACUAAACUCACUGAGGCGCGAGUGCAGGUUUGGUUCAGCAAUCGCAGGGCCAGGUGGCGAAAGCAAGCAGGAGCCAAUCAGCUAGCGGCUUUCAACCAUCUGUUGCCUGGUGGAUUCCCCCCGACAGGGAUGCCAACACUUCCUACAUACCAACUGGCAGACUCCGGCUACCCAAGCAAUAUUCUGUCCCAAGAUGGCGGAGGUACAGUUCACCGGCCCCAACCGCUACCUCCCUCCACGAUUCACCAGAGCGGUCUAUCAGGCAACGACAGCACUUCCACCUAUGGUCUAGCUUCCAAUCGCCACAGCUUUUCCGGCUACACCGACACCUUCAUGACAUCUGCACCCAGCAGCCACGUUAACCCGGUGAGCACUGGGCUUUCUCCGCAGGUGAUGAGCAUUCUGAGUAACCAGAGUGGCGUUUCCUCCCAAUCCCAACACGAUUUCUCGGUGUCGCCGCUCCACAGUAUGUUGGAUGCCCCUCCACCUAACGCUGUGCCAGGUCCCGGCAGCCAACGUUUGGCUGAGGCCUCCAUUAAGACGGCGGACGGCCUUCCGUCCUCGCAGUCGUACUGUCCCCCCACGUACAGCACCACCAACUACAGCAUGGAUCCGGCUGUGGCUGCAGUGGGCUACCAGUACACCCAGUAUGGCCAGACUGCAAUGAAUUGUCUGGCCAAGAACGUGGGCCUGUCCAGCCAGCGCAGGGUGAAGUUGUCCGACCACUCGGGUGUUUUGGGACUACUCCAGGUGGAAACCGGUCAGGCGUACUAGUCCUCUUUUGUGUGACCUCAUCAACACAACGGAUCACCUGCAGAACAAUCACCUCAAUACUCGCAGUUCUGUUUUGUCAAAGAGACCAAGUGUACGCUAGUAAACAUGUAAUCAUUUGGUUUGAUAUGAUGAUAUUUUGGUUCAUAACUGCAGGUUCCAGCUUAUGUCAUUUCCAAUGGGAACAUUCCAUCCAUUCGGUGUAUUUUCAACAUGUCAUUUUUUUCGCGGGCCGCAUUGUAGUCAUAGCUUCUUUCGGAGGGCCAUUAUGACUGUCAACCCAAAUCAAUGUAUGAGCACCUCAUAUUAUAUACCGUCAAAGCUACAAAACAAACUGAAACAAGAGUUGUUUGAAACCCUAACACUAGCUUCCAGGGGUGUCGAACUCCAGUCCUCGGGGGCCGCGUUCCAAUAUCUUUUCCAAGUUACCCUCGUUAAACACACCUGAGUGAAAAGAUCAGUUCAUUUUCACGUUCUGGAGGAGCCUAACUUUUCACACAGGUGCACUUAACAAGGGAAUCGUGGAAAACAUGUUGGAAUGCGGCCCCCGAGGACUGGAGUGCGACACGCCUGCCUCAUCCAGUAAAAGUUACAAAACAAACUGAUAAAUAACUCCUUUUCAAAUCAGACGAGUAAAAACUGGCCAAAUAUUAAAACAAUUAGAUAUUAAAAGUGAAGACAAUUUGCAAUUCUCAUAAUGACAUGAAUUUGAUGCACAGUUUGUCUUCGCGGGCCACAUAAAAUGAUGUGGCGGGCCGUAUCUGGCCCCCGGGCCUUGAGUUUGACACCUGUGUUUUAAGUUGUUCCACGUAGCUGCGUUUUAAAUUGAUGUGGAGUGGACAAAAACAAUUGGAAGACUUUGGGUGAACAAAAUAAUUCCCUCAGUUACAAUCAAUGGGAUGGUUAAUUGGUGUCCUUCAAUCUGAAAAUGGAAUUGUCAAAUAACUGCAAACUAAUUGCAAUGAUUAGAGUAUUAAAAAUAUUUGGCGACUUUGAUUUAUAUGGACAUAUUUUGUUUUACUUUUCAUUGUAAUAAUCACCUUUAGGUAGGUAGCUAAAUACGCAGUCAUUUUACUGUAAAAAAAUGUAUAUCUUUGUAAUAUAUUAUCUUAUUAAGAAAUGUCAGGUCCAAAUAAUUUUUUAAUGUGUUUUUACGUAAGACUCAAUGUAUAAUAACUGUCAGUACGACACCACAAAUUUUCCAUUUAUGACGUUAUAUUCUCACUAAAUGACACAAAAAGGCAGGUAUUAUUAUCAUUAUUAUUAUUAUGGUGGUGAAAACCACAGUGGAUUGUUGCAAGUGAGUCCUGUUUUUGUAAUUCAUCCUCAAGUUGUUUCUUCACUGUUGACAUUGACACAUCUGUGUGGAUCAGACAUCAGUUGCCUUCUGUAACUAUGCUCGCCUUUGAUUUAUUUAAUAAAAGCAGAAU